AUGGGCAGCGACCUGUCAGUUCCGUUGGAUGAAGCCACCAAGGAUGAUGUUGUGGCCCGAGUGACAAGCUUGGGUGAAAAAUUCGAGGGCUACGCCGACGCCAUUGACGAGAAUGGUGUCGAUGGCGAUCUCCUUGUGGGGAUGAACGAAGAUGACUUUCAAGAGACAAUGGAUGAUUUGGGUAUUACUUCCCGAUUGCAUCGUCGCAAGUUAUUGCAAGAAUUUCGCAAGGCUUGUGAAACUCUGGAUGGAGGGUCUACCGUGUCGUCGUACACCCCCGAGGAUGAAUAUGGAAUGCUGCUGCUCCCUGAUAAAGGACCCAUUGAAGGAGUUUUUCCGGCUGAAAUUGAAUUGAGGCACGAGGAUUUCCCGCUUCCAGAACAGCUGGGGGAAGGAGUUUUACGAACCUCUCACGAAUUGCCCACUUUUCAGCAAGGAUUGGCCCAGACGGACGAAGAAAUGCAACAUUUGAGCAACGAUUUCUUUGGUGCCAUUGAUGGAAUCGACGGUGGUCACCGCCCACCCAUUCCCGCCGAUGAUUUGGAACGAGUGGCUCAGGUCCAGGCAUAUGGGUUGGAAGAAAUCGAACCCGACGGUGAGGCUGCCAAAACAUUGAUUGGUUACGUGGAAAUGGCGACCAAGCUAUUUGCCUUUGAUUUUGGAGAUAUUACAUUCUUUGAUCACGAAUCCCAAUUCUCCUUUGCCAGAGUUGGAUUGACCGAGCAUAUUCAAAAAGCAAUCUUGGGGCCGAUAUACCGACCCGUCAACCAAAUGGCCGAUCAUGCGGCGUUUCUCUGCAAAACCAACAGGAGUAUCGGGAUCUGCAACUAUACCAAUCUCUCCAAACGAACCUUUGUCGUGCAUGAUAUACAUGCCGACGAGACAUUUAAAUGGAUGAAGGGUUCUUGGCCCUUUCGCUGCUAUGUUGGAACGCCAUUGAUAUCACCAUCGGGAUUGGUUCUGGGAACCUUGUGCCUCCACAAUAUUGAACCUCGGCCCGAUUUCUCGAGAGCACACGAAAUCCAAUUUGAACAGGUAGCACGCAUGGUCGUUCAGGCCAUUGAAAAUUGGUCGCUCCGUCGACGCAUUCAGCAGCUCGAAGCAAACAGAGAGGACGUGGUGCAAAUCAAUGCCAAUAAAACAGCGCCACCGGAAGAAACGGGAGCCUUUGUCAAACUCUUCAUUGACGGAUACGCAGCACUGCAAACAGCAGCAUCGGAGACAGUACUACAAGGCGCGCUGGAAAUGUACGGCGCCAUUGUGGCCAAGCAACGCAUCGAACACAAUGGGUAUAAAGUAGCGGAGGAAGCUAGUGACGGAUCCUUCCUGAUUGUGUUCCACGAUGCCGUCGAUGCCUUUUCGUUUGCACUCGACGUACAGCAACAAUUGUACGAGGCGACGUGGUCGGCAGAACUCCUGGCAGAUCCACAAGCCUGUGAUGAUGGCAAUGCUGCCCGUGGAUUGCGCGUGUGCGCAGGUGUUCACAUGGGACCCCUGGGAACAACCGAGGAUACCAAGCACUCUGGUCCCACUGUGGAAAUGACUCGUGCCGUAGCCGCCAUGGGUCACGGAGGGCAAGUUCUGACCACUUUUGACACUUGGAAUUCAGCUUCCUUCUUGUCGGAGACCAAGCUAGAUUCGCCUCAGGUGGUAGAUCUUGGUAGUCACGUUGUCCAAAAGGGGAAGGCAUUGUCCGAAGGAGUCAUUUCGAAGCGAAUUCUUCAACUGGUGCCAGCGGCGCUGGCAGUCAAGUACAUUACCGAGACGGGUGAGCAAGCAGUAAACCAAUCUGGUGCCCCGAAAGGACGACAAUUUCCAGAUUUGAAGAGCUUGAAAAAGCUCUCCAAGAGUUUCUUUGAUGCUCCUUCCGGCAAGGAAGUAACCAUUGCAUUCAUCGGUACCGGUGAACUCGAGAAGCGGUACAAAGAGUCGUCGAGCAUUAUUGCUGAGGUCAUUGGCCACGCAUCCUCGUUGUUACCGACCUCCGAAGGGUACCAGUGCCAGAACAACAUGUUCGCCUUUCCAAACGUCACCGAGGCCGUUCGAUUCGGUCUUCGGUUCAUCGAAUUAAUGAGGGCCCAGCGGCCCUUGGAAGACAAUGCUGAUAUUGCACGACUUGUCACGUUUGGGUGUGUUCAUGGAUCGUUUGUGGCACUGGAGCCACACAAAACUACGGGACGGGCAGAUUACUUUGGAAAGGUGGUGAACCGUGCGGCCCGUGUUGCUUACACAUCAGAAUUGGGAAAGGUCUCUGUGGGUGUCACUGUGGCAGAUGCUCCUGAAGAUUUCAAAUCCUUCCAAGUGGAUGAUCCGACGGUUUGGGUUCUCUUCGUGGCCAAGAAACAGCUCAAAGGGGUAGAAGAAGAAAUGGUGAUUUACGAGUGCAAGAGGAAGCGAUCGCUUGGACAGAUGCUGUCAGCCAGGGAUUGGGCUCGGUAA